AUGGCGUUGGGAGGAAUGACCGGCUGUGUCCGAGUUUUGCUACAUAAUAUAAAAACGAAAGGACUAAUAUGUAGUACAAAACAAUCAAAUUGCUGGACUUGCAGAGUAGGAGCGAAAAGGUAUCUUUUGCCAGAAGAUAUCAUAAGACUACACGAGUUUCAGCAAAGAAAACUUGCAGUUGCUCAUCAGUUAUAUGGAGAUAAAGAAGAAUAUUUCGAAAUGUUUAAUCAGAAACUACAAAGAAAUGAGCUCAUCCUGAAAGAUGAAUUAAAAGUGCUCCUGCACUUGUGCCAAACCCCAGAGGACAUGGAGACAGCCAAGAGCGCCAUUUAUAGGUACCAUGAAGAGAACAGAAAUGUAGCAUUUGGAGAGUUCAAGUUUGGUCCCCUGUUCAUGCGGCUUUGCUAUGAACUGGGCCUGGAGGAGCUGGCUGCAGACACUGUGAAGGACAAGCCUCUGAAAGGAUUCUUCUCAGACUCAACUUCCUUUAACAUUGCGAUGGACAUGCUGUUUACCAAGGGAUAUUACGACAGCGCAAUGGAGGUCCUGAUUGACAUGAAGAACCAGGGAGUGCCAUUCAACAAGGACACCUACAUGCUGGCUUUUGGGAUCUGCUACAAACUGAAUGCCCCAAAGUCAUAUAGGAUCUGCACCACGCUACUAGAGGAGGCUCAGACCAAAGGCCGCCUUAUUCCCAGGCACGCCUACUGCUUUGCCGUGGCACUGGCACUAAAGCAGGAGGAUGUCGAAAAAGCCAAAUCCAUAUACUCACAGAUCAUGAGCACGGACGGAAGGAUAUGCCAGAACCUCAAAGUGCUUAUUCUGGUCAAGGAGGGAGCCAUAAAGGAUGUGCUGUCUGUCCUGACAUCAGCGGUGAUGCCUAACAGCCCUGAGUUUGUGAAGAAGCCCGAGUUCUCACAGGAAGUGGUGGACGCGGUGCGGAGUGGGACGGAGGACAACGCCGCGCUGCACGGCCGGGUGGAGCGGGUGCUGGCCAAGCUGCAGCAGUCCGGCCAGGUGACGUCCCUCAGCCUGGACGACAUGCUGUGUCACACGCCCACGGGGAAGCGGAGGCCGGCGGGCGUGCUGCUGGAGCAGAGGAAGAGCAGCCGCAGGACUCUCAGGCCCCUGCAGUCCACCCUGCUGUCCGAGUAACCGCGCACACACACACACACACACGCUCUGGACCCAUCCUCCAGUCUUACGCAACCUUCCACCUGGCCUCUCCCAACCGCCAGAGCACACUGCAGUGUCCCUCACUCCACCGCACCAGCCCGACAGCAACGUCCACUGAUCCCUGAAGCGCUUGCUCCACGUCCCUGUCAGAUUAGAGACCCACAGAACUCUGCCUUGUUGUAAUCCUCAAGGGCCUGGAUACAACAUGGUGGUACUUGACGACAUGACAAUACAGGAGAGGAAGUGGCAUUUUGGAAAAAGACUUCAGAGGCUAUGCCUCAUUUGUCCCAAUCUGUAUCGAGAGGAAGGAUGCCAUUAUGUGUGUAUAUUGUCCACGACUUGAAAAAUCAUGGCUUUGUUUGAUUGCAGUCCAUGUCCGUGUCAUUUCAUAUGCAGGAACUCAGUUCCACACAGUAUAUGAAUAUCUUUGGACUCUAUACUUGCAGCUCUGUGUAAUUUCCCUGGUAGUAAUCAGAGGAACCCUUGAAAUAAUCACAACUCUCGCUCAGCAGUAAUGGUAGUGCAGUUGGGCCCAGCUACUAAUGUUUACCUAGAGUGCUGUCAUAGAUCGCAAUUUACAUUACUGCAAUAUCAGACAUUGACAGGGAUGCAUUUGGUAUUAGGGGACUUGUAUUACGGUGAAAAAAAGUUCAAAUUACUCUCUAUAAUGUGACAUCCAUGUCCACUCACACCAUUACUAUGGCUUAGUAUUUACAGCUAAAAACAGAAAUACGAGCUGCCAGAAAAUGAAGAUCGGAAGAGAUUUUAAGAAGCCAACUGCACACAAUUCUUACCUUUUUUCUCUUCAGGUCUUGUGCUCUGAUAUGGAGAUCUAUAAGCAAAUGUUCAGGUGUUUGAACACGUUAUUGCUUUUUUGAAAAAGCUAAAAUAAUCUUUUUCAAGAUUACUACUACUUAAACUACUACUUGGCUUGAUGACCAUCAAACUCAUGGGCCUGUAUUCAGUGUAAUUCAGUCUAUACCUUAUCCUUAAAUUAAUUAAAUUUAGGUUUUUUGUUUUUUAUUGUAGU